AUGGCUGCCUUUUGCGAUUUACACAAGAAUAAUUAUACUAGAGCAGUAAUUGCUAUUCUUUUAUUUCAUCUUAUAUAUUGUCCUGUUAUAGCAGCAGCCAAUAUCGACAAUAAUUAUGGUGGCUUCAGUGCGCAUCUUAUUCGAAUAAAUUUCAAAAAUCCACCAUUGCACAGACCCAGACACCACAAAUCUGGUCGACGUUUGAUAGGUCCAGACACGCCACAAGCUACACUACAAACUGAUCCAGAUAAACAAGAUGGACAUCUUAUGAAGCUCUCCGUAGGAACCCCGGCCUUCGAUAUCUAUUUAGCAAUUGAUACAGGCAGCACUCUAUUAUGGACACAUUGCCAGCCAUGUCAAACUUGCAAAGAGACGAAACAUGGCAUGUUUGACCCGAAAAAAUCCUCAACUUAUAAGGAUGUUCCUUGUUCUGCUGGUGAGUGCAAAAUUCUCGGCCAGUUCGAACAAGAUGAUGGCUAUUGCAAAGAUCCUAAAGACACUUGCAGGUAUUAUUUCGAGUAUUUAGAUACGACAUUCUCUACAGGUGUAAUGGCUAAAGAAACAGUUACCUUAAAUACCACAUCAGGUAAGGCUGUAACCCUAAAAGAUAUUCUUAUUGGGUGUGCGCAAGAGCAGAAAGGUGCUACUUACACGGACGAUGAAAUGGGAAUAAUUGGGCUUGGAGGAGGGAACUUGUCAUUUGUUUCUCAAAUUGCUCCCUAUGCUGGAGGCAAAAAAUUCUCUCAUUGUUUCGUGCCUAGGGAUGCUGAUCCCAAUAUCGAAAGCAAGAUCAAUUUCGGAAAAGGGAGUGAAGUUGUGGGUGAAGGGGUGGUGUCCACACCAUUGCUCGAAUCACGCGGGGAUGCUUAUAUGAUCGAAGUAGAAGGAAUUACUAUUGGAAAUGAUUUUGUUCCGUUUAACUCAACAGGGACGACAAUGCUUGAAAUGAGGAUCGACUCUGGCACACCGAAAACAUAUAUACCUCAAGAUUUUUUUCACCGGGUGGCAACUCAGUUCAUGAAGACAUUUGAUACACUUGAUUCGAAAUUGGAUUCUUUCAUUUCAGAUGACGAGAAAUAUGAUGAAAGUCACCUUUGCAUCGAGGGUACGACGAUUCCAAAAGAACCGAAAGUGGCUAUUAAUUUCAAGGGUGGUCAAAAAUUGCAGUUCACGGGGGAACAAAUAUUUUUUCCAAACAAAGAUUUAAACUUAACCUGCUUUGGAAUGUCGAACACCACUUCACAGGACCUCACUGGUGACCACUAUGGUAUUUAUGGAGGCAAUAUUCAGAGAAAUUUCUUGAUUGGUUUUGACCUAGAUAAAAAUGUGGUCUCCUUCAAGCCAACUAAUUGCAUAACCAAUGGUGGUGGUGCUGAUUAA